GGUACUACCGGGCUACCCAUUCUCAGGCUCGCGGUCGCGGCUCCGGCUAUAUAACGCCACCUCCCCUCGCCUUCCUCCCCUCGCAUCGCAUUCACUCCGUCCGGUGCUGCUGCUGCUGCUGCCGCCUGCUGGUGCCUUGAGCAGUGCGAUCGGGUCGGAUCCGUAGGGUGUUGGCGGGUGCAGGUGGUGGCUGGUUGCCGAUCGAUCGAGACCGGUGAGGAUGUUGGCGGUGUUCAGCGGCGAGGUGGUGGAGGUGCCGGCGGAGCUGGUGGCGGCGGGGAGCCGGACGCCGUCGCCCAAGACGAAGGCGUCCGAGCUCGUCGCCAGGUUCCUGGGGACCUGCCCUUCCGCCGCCGUGUCCGUGCGCCUCGCCGCCGACCUCGGACACCUCGCCUACUCCAACGCCAACCAGGCCCUCCUCCGCCCAAGGUCGUUCGCGGCGAAAGACGAGGUGUUCUGCCUGUUCGAGGGGGUGCUGGACAACCUGGGGCGGCUGAGCCAGCAGUACGGGCUGUCCAAGGGCGCCAACGAGGUGCUCCUCGUCAUCGAGGCCUACAAGACGCUCCGCGACAGGGCGCCAUACCCGGCCAGCUUCAUGCUCUCGCAGCUCGCCGGCACCUACGCCUUCGUGCUCUUCGACAAGUCCACCAACUCCCUGCUCGUCGCCUCUGACCCGGAGGGCAAGGUGCCCCUCUUCUGGGGCAUCACUGCUGAUGGCUGCGUCGCCUUCUCUGAUGACAUUGACAUGCUCAAAGGAUCGUGUGGCAAAUCGCUUGCGCCUUUCCCACAAGGUUGCUUCUACUCUAAUGCUCUUGGAGGAUUGAAGUGCUACGAGAACCCCAAGAACAAGGUGACUGCUGUUCCUGCAGAUGAAGAAGAAGUCUGUGGUGCAACCUUCCAGGUGGAAGGGUCUACAGUGCUUGCAGCGCUGCAUUAGGAGAUCAUCACAUCUCCGUCUCCAGGCGUGGACGGCCGGGGGAGGACAAUGCAAAGCUCUGUACAUGGAGCCAUGGUGGUGUAAUGUAACAUAACGGCAAGGCAUGCAACUGAUGCUGAUCUAUCUGUAUCAUCUCCCUCCCAUAAAAGAGAAGUGCGUACUGCCGGCAUGCAUGGUCAGGACUUCUGUGCUAGCUGUUGGUUGUUGUGUGUGCAUCUGUAUCCCUAGUUUGUUCGACUUACAUGGAACAACCUGAGAGCUUAGCUGAGACCAGGUGCUGAGCAUAGCUGCAUGCAUGGAUGAAGUGCUGUAAUCUGUACUGAUAACGAAGCUUUGUUUCUCCA